UGUGUUUUACGCGAUGAUGCUGGCAGAAACGUCGCUAUUCCUCCUGGAGAGAGCAUAUUGGGAAUUCAAGCUUCGUUACCAGAGGUUGCUGGAAGUAGUCACUCGAACGUGUGAGCUUGAUCAAGACGACAUUGAAACCAUGAAGCAGUACUGGUACACAUUGUACUCACGAUCGCUGAACGGAAGCGUGUUUGAUGGCCUGGGAAUGGACCUUAUCGAUUUCACCGUCGAGAAGCUGCAGUCAAGCAUAAGGGAAGAGCAGCUCGGUAGCGUCAAAAUACUGUCAGCUCUUGUCUCAAAAGGAGAUUCAAUGGAAGAAACGCAACGGAGGAUUGGUACCACGCCCGGAGUUGUGGAGAGACUCUUAGAGAUGAUCACCUGGAAGGAUCCUAGUGAGGCCGAAAUCAGGAAAGCUGCAACCAUAGUAAUCAAGCACCUGGUUCGUCACAGCCAUAACUGCUUCAGGAUUUCCGCUAUCCCUGGAUCCCUGGAGGCCCUCACUGCUCUUUUACCCGAAAGACAGGAGGAAGUGCUAGAAGUCCUCAACAGGCUAGCCGUGGAUUACAGGACAUGCGUGCGAAUCGGUCACACCAGCGGACUUAUCUCCAUCCUGGUUGAAUUUAUCCAAGACGAAGACUGGCACUUCCCCAGAGCACAAACGUCGAGAGAAGCAGGAGAGGAGGAAGUGCUAGAAGUCCUCAACAGUCCUCAAUUAAGAAAGAUUUAUACCAGGGAGUUGACGCCAUGGUCUGUGGGAGUCAGGAUCAUCAGCCUCAUUUUGUACAUCCUUCAACUACUAGUCAGUGUCCCGAGGCACAAAAGGAGCUCCUCGACAACUUGAUGGCAAGGGACAUGAAAUGC